AUGUAUGUCAAGUGGUGCCGAAGAACACACAUCUGUCGCACAGAUUUGCCGAAUGCGAUGAAUGCGGCGGAAAUCACGGAUAAGUUGGGUCUGCAUUCGCUGCGAAAUCGGAACUGGUACAUUCAGGCCACGUGCGCCACUUCCGGCGAUGGCCUCUACGAAGGUCUCGAUUGGCUCUCAAAUCAACUUAAAAAUCAAAAAUAAUUUUUAACAACAAAUACAUCUCUUUUGUGAAACAAACAAAAACUAUUAGUUUUUAAAUAUAAUAUUAAACUUAAGACCAAUCGGACGAAACACUCCAUUAAUUAAACUAAUUAUUAUUAUUAAGUAAUGAAUCGCUCGCUUUUUCGAUGAUAUAAAUUAUUAUAUAUAUAUUAUAAAUGAUUGGAUUUCUUGUUUUUAAUUCUGUUUAUUAUCUGUUUUUCUCUGUAUUCAUGUCUUCGCUUAAACAAAACUGUUUUUAUAAUUAAAUUCUGAUUAAAACACGAAA